AUGAGCCUGCUCGUCAGAAGAAUAACUCCGAGACGCAUAUAUGGGCUUUCAGGCUUAAGCCGGCAAUUUUCGUCGGCACAGUACUUGUAUAAUGAGGCUGCUAGUAGCACAUUCAAAACGGCAGUGGAAGCAGCAGAGAAAAUGGUUCAACCAGCGAAUUCCAAGGUUUUCAGCGAUCCAUUUUCUAUUGUCAGCCACGAAAUGUCGGGCUUGGCCAAGCUGAUUGCGAGCUUAAUUGGUUCAGGUCACCCCACCCUUAAUCGUGUGUCUAGCUACUACUUUGAGGCUGAAGGUAAGAAUGUCAGACCAUUGAUUGUGUUGUUAUUGCUGAAGGCGUUACUGAAAAUCCCCAUUGAGGAGAGAAACAGACUAAAGAUCGACAACUGCGACGUCACAGACCAACCUGUUUACCCAGGCACGCCACGAGGCACGGUUGUAGCAGGCAAUUCAGUGAACAAGUCGAUUUCUCCAUUGGCGAUUUUGCAUGGUAUCAACCCCAAGGUGAUAUUGGAUCCGCUAUCCAGACCAAUGGAUGACUUGCCCCAAUUUGACGCUAUGAACGGCAUUCUCCCCAAACAGAGGCGGUUGGCAGAGAUUGUGGAAAUGAUCCAUACGGCAUCUUUGCUUCAUGAUGAUGUCAUUGAUCUUUCCGACGCAAGAAGGGGUAGACCCAGUGGAAACAUCGCAUUCACAAACAAAAUGGCAGUUUUGGCCGGCGACUUUCUCUUGGGCCGUGCAUCCGUUGCCAUUGCCAGAUUGAGAAACCCCGAAGUAAUCGAGUUGCUUUCCACCACCAUCGCUAACUUGGUGGAAGGAGAAUUCAUGCAAUUGAAAAACACGGUGAUUUCUCAGGACGAAACUACCAUCAACAACGACGGCGAUGAAAAGAGCAUCCCCGUACCCACAGGCAAGGUUCCAGUGGAGCAGCACGAGUAUAGCGUGUCCAAGCCAGCCAAGGUGGACCAUGAUACCAACGUGGACGCUGCAUUUGAAUACUACUUGCAUAAAACGUACUUGAAGACGGCAUCGUUGAUGUCAAAGCUGUCCAGAGCCGCUGCGGUGUUGAGUGGAGCCCAGGAUCACAUCAUCGAGAACUGUUACGAGUAUGGCCGCAACUUGGGCUUGUGCUUCCAGGUUGUGGACGACAUGUUGGACUACACGUCCAGCGAUGCUGCCAUUGGUAAGCCCAGCCAGGCUGACUUGAAGUUGGGGUUGGCCACAGCUCCCAUUUUGUUUGCUUGGAGAGAAGAGCCUCAGUUGGGUGAGCUCAUAGGUAGAAAGUUCAGUGAGCCUGGGGAUGUGGAGGUAGCCAGAAGGGCAGUUAACAAGUACAAUGGAGUGGAGAAGACACGCGCUAUGGCGCAAGACUACUGUUCUGCUGCGCUCAAGAACCUCCGGCAAUUACCUGAGUCUGAUGCCCGGUCUGCGUUGGAAUUCUUGACCCACUCGGUGUUGACCAGAACAAAGUAG